AUGAAAAUAAGACUUGCAAUUAAUCUUGAGAUGAAAAAUCAACAGCAAUUAGCAUUCAAUGGAGCUUUACAUGCAUUAGAAGUUUUCGAGUCAUUCUCUACUUGUUAUCAUGAAAUUCGUAUGCAAAGUUGUGAAUCAAACUUUAAAAAUCUCGUUAUGAUAAAUGAAAAGCAGAAAUUUAAAGUAAAUAAAGUAAACUUUUUAACAACUAGUGAAAAUAAAACUUUUGAGAAAUUUUCAUUUUAA